AUGUCCAAAACCUCAGAAUAUUGGAUGCAGUUUGCUUUACAACUAGCAGAAGAAGCUCUGACUCAAGGUGAAGUUCCAGUUGGGUGUAUAUUUGUCUACAAAGAUCAGUGCAUUGCUACAGGACGCAAUGAAGUAAAUGAAACUAAAAAUGCAACACGACACGCAGAACUUGUUGCAGCAGACAGAGUGAUUGCUUGGUGUCAGAAAAACAAAAAGACAGCAGCAGAGGUUUUUGAAAAUUCCUCACUUUAUGUUACUGUUGAACCUUGUGUUAUGUGUGCUGGGGCUCUAAGAGUGCUGAAAGUUCCUCUUGUUGUUUUUGGAUGUGCAAAUGACAGGUUUGGAGGAUGUGGUUCAGUAUUAACAGUUUGUGAAGAUGAUUUACCCAACUUUGGAUUGAAAUUCCAAUGCAUCACUGGCCUGUUGAAGGAGAAGGCUAUUGUACUUUUGAAAGAGUUUUAUAGAAAUGAAAAUCCCACUGCACCAGAGGGCAAGAAAAAGAUAAAGAUCUGA